GUAGAAAUUGAUACAAAUGAAGCGGAAUUCCUGCGGGGCUCGUGAUUUCAAAUAAUUCACAAUAGAUUAAUUUAUAAUAAAAUAAUGGGAAGUUAUUUGGAAUAUUUUAGUAAAAUAUUAUAAGAAAAUAAAAUAAAUUACGAAGUUAGAAGAAAUAAAAUAUUAAGUUUUUUUUUAUAAAAACAGAUCGCUAUUUAUGAACAGUGAACUCUUCAUACCGAUUUCAGCAGACACUCUUUAAAAAUUAAUAUAUGGCCUCUUUUGUUUGAUAUUAUACUGUAAUUAAAAUUAUCCCUUAUAUAUUAAUUCUAACUUCGAUUACAUAGUAAAAAAAUGUUAAACAGCAUCAAGCUUUAAAAACCCCUAAGAACAUAUCGCUAAUUUCCGCGGUGAUGGUAACACCACUUACCGUAUAUAAAAAUAUUUCAAUUGGCAACGUAGUCAUAAACGCGUUUGCCUUGAACGAAGAAGCAGCACCACCAGCAAUAGUAACAAAUAAGUAGACAAGAAUAUUUGUGAAAUUACUAAUUUGUCCAUCCGGAAAAUAUCAACAAGUGCAGUAAAGAUUAGCAUUAAAUUAAAUCAGUGCAAACAAAAUGUGUAGAAACGCUUUCGUUAUUGCUUUACUCAUAAUUGCUACCUGCCAAUUUUCAACGCUACAUGCGGGUCGCACGUCAGGACGCCGUGGUUAUUAUGGAGGCUAUCAACCAACGCCACCACCUGCUACAGAACUACCACAAACACCGAAAGAAUAUUUAGACAAAAACUCUAGUUAUUCUACUUUCGGUGUAAUCACAAUAAUAUUCUUCAUUAUUAUGGCUUGUUUAAUAUUCUACUAUGGUAUUCUAUGUUAUCCGUUUUUGUGUCGUGAGGAGAAAAAAUAUAGCUAUAUGGACGCAUCAUCGACCAUAACUUCAGCCACUUCGCAUUCAAUACAAUCCAUAGAGAACUUUCCAGUCGACCAAAAGCACUGAGACAACCUCAACGUAGUGGGAGGUCGUCGUGUGUGUACUAUGUAAGAAACGCUGUUGCGAAAGUGUUUCUAAGAAUUUUUAGGCAGCUUAAAAGACUAAAAAAAAUUUUCUACUUUUCUACUCUUUUAGCAUUUAUGAAUUUAAAUAUUUUUACAACAAAUUGUGGUUAAGGUUUGGUAACAAAAAACUAAUUUUAUUUAUGUAUAGAUACAUAUUAAAUGACUGUUUAAGUAAAAUUUCCAAGAAAGGAAUCUGUUAACAACAUUUACAAUAUGAUUAAACAGGGUAGUUUAAUCUGUUGAAUUUUUUUGUGGUACAUUAAUUACUGCCAGUUUGAAAAGUGCUUAAGUGCACGUACACAUUAGCGUGAUUCCUUUAAGUAUUUUUAAAAAUAUAAUAUUCUUGCCUUUUAACAUUGAUGUUAAUAACACAUUUAAACGCAUACGAAAAUAAGUAUUUAAACUCUUCAGGUUGUGCGAAACAAAAGCGCGUACUUAAAAACACUUUAACCUAACAAGUAAUAUAAAAAAUCGCUACACAAUCUUUCCCAAUAUUUUUAAGAUUAUCUUUCAAAGCGAACGUCCUCAAAUAAAAAGUUAACAAUAACCUGAAAACGGUUCUCGAAUCAUCACAAAACUCUGUGCUUACAAGAUCAAAUAUUUUCAGCAUCCUAUAUCGGCAUAGUGAAUAAUAUAUAUAAGUUUAUAUAAGUAGAUGUAAUAACAAGUAAAAAAUAUACUCUCUUCACACCCUUUUUGUUGUAAGUUCUUAGCCUAUAUAAGCAACAACACAUUUAACGGGCCAAAACUUAAAGCUCAAAUGACAUGCCAAUUUGUUUGACACUUUUUAUACAUUUGCAUUUUUACCAUAUACUUGAAAAUAUACAAAUCUUGAUAUAUACAAAAUCUAGCAUAGUUAUAGUCUAGCAUGUAGUUUGUUUAUAAAGACGUAUGCGAAUACGUAUUUUUAUAGCAUUUUUUACAUAAACAUUUUAUAUAAAUAAAUAUACAUUUUGUCAUACUAUCCAACUUUUAUAAUAAAAAUGUGUUUU